UCUGCAGGAGCACCAUCUAGUCAACUUCCCAGAAAAAUAUGUGUGCUAAUUGUUUUGAUUGUCCAAGCUGUAUGCAUACACUGUCCACAAGAGCUACAAGUAUUCAAAUUCCAAGUCCAGAUGACCCCAAAAAGAAUGUUCCUAAGAAAGUUUAUUAUCUUGCUUGUGGAUUUUGCCGUUGGACAUCACGUGAUGUUGGUAUUCCUGAUCAAACUGUAGCCAGUGGUGGGUGGCAAGAACAGGAGAAUCUUCACAGUAAAAGAAUCAAUAAUUUGCUGGAGAACUACAGAGUGCUUGCUCAGCGGGAAAAGUUAGAAAAGGAACGGAAAAAACUUAGUCAGCGUUGUGGUUACCAAUACUUUUCUGAUAAAUAUGGUAUCUCUGCUGUUGUUGCUCGCAAGCUUGCUGGUUUGAGCACCACAGGCUCUAAGGAUGAAGAAUCAAAAGAAUCUGAAGAGCUUAUGCCAGCUGAAGCAUUUGAAAACGUUGAUCCUUUACCUGAAGAAUACCUUACUCAGCCAGUUAAUCUGGCAAAGGUGUGUAACAUAAACCAAAGACUGAUGCAACCAGAAUUUCAACCAACUUGCACAGAUCAGCUUUUCCCUCGACACAAGCAUCUAUUAGUAAAAAGAUCACAGCGCUGCAAGGAAUGUGAACACAAUCUGAGCAAACCUGAAUACAAUCCAUCUUCUAUCAAAUUUAAGAUUCAAUUAGCUGCUAUCUACCACAUUCCUGAGGUUCGACUGAAGACUAUACCUGUACUGAAAUUGAAUGAGGAAUGUAAAAUAGAAGUUACUUUGUGUAACCCUACUCCUUAUCCAGCUCAUGUGACUCUGCUACCAUGUGAGAACACUGAAGAGGAACCUUUGUUCAAUUCCAAGGUAGUGCUUCCUUCUACUCAACUAGUAGUAACAGCCAGAGAUGAUACAGCAGAGUUUGAUGAUCUUAAUGAUGCCCAAUCAGCAAAAGAUGAUCCAAAGGUUAUUUCUUUUCGAAAAUCCAACAAGAUUGGAUUUUAUAUAAAUGUGACACCAUUAAAGGAGAAAGAGAAUGUAGUAGUUGCCUUCCAGCUGAAACAUGACUUUGUCAACAUGGUUUUACAGUUACAGGGGGAUCAUCGAGAAUCACAAGUUGUUUGGUUAAAUCAUGUAUUAUUUCUGGAUUUAGGACCUAUUCAGAGCAAUGUGUAAAACGUCUAUUUGUUUUACUUAGAACUGAAAUGUAUUUAAUGCUAGCUCUCACUGUUGUUGUUAUUAAAACAUUCUGCUUUGACAGUUCUUUGCAUUGUAUAUCCAAAAAAAUACAAAAUUCUUUAAUGGUGUUUUGCAUAUAUUAUAAUAUACUUCUGAAAAUUAUUCAGCUUAGUUUUAUACCAUUUAUCUUGAACUCCUGAUAGUUUAUUUAUUGUUAUUCACAUUUGUACUCAUUUUGACAAGAGGGAUUAAAAUUACUGGCACUCUUCCAAAAAGGAAACUUUUGUUUGUUUAAUUUCCAUUUGUGGUCAUUGUUUUCACAAUUUUAUUUAAAGUUAAAAGGUGCAAAGUUACAGACUAAUUAAUAGUUAAACCCUUCAUAACAUUUCAUAAGUCUGCUGACUUACAAUGUUAAAACCAGGUUCCAAUAUCCAUGGUGGGCACAGCACAGAUAAUCCAUUGUGUAACUUUGCUUAAUUAUGAACAAUCAUUUUCAUAGUAUUUAGAGAACAUAUUUUGUAAGUGCAAAUGCAAAUUCUUCACUUUGCAACUAUAUAUUUUGUUUGGUUUCAGUUCUAUUUGUAAUUUUGAUAUGAUUUUUUUUUCUCAAGUAUUGCAGAGUUUACUUAAGUGUUAAAAAUAAAAUUGGAUUCUACCUAUGCAGCUUUAAGCUAUUGAAUAUGGUCAGUUAUUUUGCAGCUUUAAAGAAUUAAUAAAAAAACUGCUAAAACAAUUUAUUUUCCAGUUGAUUUUUAUUUGAAAAAAAAAAAAAUGUGCAAAAUGUUUUCAGUGUUGGAAAUAAAUAAAUUAAAUACACUUAUUUGCUCAGUACAAGCUCCUUUUUCACAAUUAAGGUGUGAAACAAUUCAGAAGACAGGGAAAUAGCUCACUGUUAUGGAAUUAAGUAGUAAUGCACCACGUAUUCUAUCACCAUGAGUUUUUCAAAGAUACUUGAUUCUGUGUGUGAGUUUGUGCAUUUAUCUUUAUAAUAGAUUUUUUUUUGUCAGAUGUUGAACUUAUGCUAUAAUAUUUAUGUUUUUGUGAAAUUAUUAAAUACACUGUAAAUUAGGUGCAUUAAUGGUGUAAACCAGUCCAUUAAACUAACUAACUUUAGGAAUGCUUUUUUUACAUCAGUCCCUGCCCUUUUUAUAUGUAGACCUAGUCUCAUGUAGGUCUAAACUUGUUAAUGUAGUUUAACAUAUAAUUGUGUGCAUUCUACUAUAGCAUGUUCUUACAUUUUUUAACUUUGAGUGAGGUAGAUAAGCCUAUUGUGAAUUAUUUCACCCUUAACAGCACUUGACAUUAAACUUUCAGAGGUAGAAGGUAAGAAAAAUAAUUCUUGGAUUAAAAUCUAGGCCUCUGAUUGCUUGUAUGUGUAUAAAAUCAAAAUUUGAAAACAAAAAAUUUUUUUUGUGCUUAUCUCUCAAAAAAGUUUAAGUUAAUUUCAAUAUAAUGUUAACUUAAUAAAGUACUCUCCCCUUAAAAACGUUAUACUAAAUAUAUACUUCUAGGCUUAACAAAGGUGUUAUAUAAUAUGGUUUUUAUGGUUUACAUUCACACAAAUGUCAUGAACCAUAAGUUUGUAGUUUAUAUUUAGAUACAUAAUAUUUGCAAUUGCUUUCAACUUAACCAAGUAAGAAAUUCUGAUAAUGUGGAGUAACAUGCAGGUUAGUUUGUUUAAUUUGUUGAUGAGUAAUGUAAUUAUUUGACAUUCCUAAUUAAUUUCCCAAUUUUUAUUGUAUCAAACACUGUUGUACUAUUUUGCAUCUGAAUCAACAGAUAAAGGUGUAGAUUAUGUCAGUGUAAUGUCAAUAAUUAUUAUUGCUGGUUGUAUGAAGAUUUUGACAUGGAAAUAUUUAUUAGUUGCAAUAUUCAGUGUCAUAGGAAAUAAAACUUAACACAUCUGUAUAGAUUGUGUUUUGUGUUCUGGCACUUUUGGUUAGUUGGGGUUAAAAUUCUGUGAAUACCACAUGUGACAAUAUAGUCUAAGACUAAAAGCUUAUUCAUUUUACAGUUUGUAAACUAAAUUUGUACUGUGAUUCAGCAUUUGCAAUUAAUCAGAUAUAUACAAGAAAAAAUCAUUAAUUGAAAUAUCUUAUGCUUUGGCUAAAAGUAAUAAAUUGAAAACAUUUCAAUCAACUGAAUACUAACUUUUUUUAGUGUACAACAUAUCAAUUUGGAGCUUAUGUAAAAUUAAAUUAGUACAGUUGUAAUUAUCAACUAGGCUUUGCUGAAAUUAUUUAAUACAAUAUUAGUGAGUAAAUUAUUCCAUUAUACACUUAACACUACACUGCAUAGUAAUGAUUCAUUAAUAUAAUGAAAGAAAGGUAAACAUUUGUUAUCUUGAUUUAUAUCUCAUUACUUUGUUAUAUUACAACAUUCUUUUCUCUGAAAUUGUUAGAAAUGUUUUUUUAGAUUCUGUAUUUUGUACAUAGGCUUUAACUUAAGAAAUUGUUUAUUUAGACCCAUUUAUUUGUUUCUAUUUGUAAUGUUAAAGGAAUUGUUUAGAAAUAUACAGUUGCUCUGAACACGAAUAGUUUGCAAUUUGUGUAGUAAUGCUGUUAGAAAACUUGGAGUCACUUGUAUGUUUGGUUUGGUGGGUGUUCAACUUGCAAUCUGUGGUUUAUGGAAUUGAAACCUAUCAUGGAAAAUAUUCACCCCUCUUAGCUGUGGGGUGCAUUAUAAUGUAAUGGUCAAUCCCACUAUUCAUUGGUAAAAAGUAUCCCAAGAAUUGAUGUUAGGUGGUUUUCACCAGCUUCCUUCUUUGUGGUGUAUAAGUUUAAAAUUUGGAACGGAUAAUACAUAGUAUUUUUGUGGCAAAUUCCACAAAACAAAUAAACUUGUAUGUUUGUUCACCAAGAUUCUGUAGUGGCUGUUGUAAGAGAUUAUUUUAAUGCUGGGGUUUAGAGUGAUCAAAUAA